CAAGACACGGAGAAGGAGAGAGCUAAGCUAGGAUGGGCUUGCUGCUGCUGCUUCACGUCGUCCUGGUCGCGGCGGCGGCAGGAGUCCCAGCGGCGCAGGCGUGGGGCAAGGAGGGGCACUACAUGACCUGCAAGAUCGCCGACGGUUUCCUGACCAAGGAGGCGUUGGCGGGGGUGAAGGCUCUCCUCCCGUCGUCGGCCAACGGCGAGCUCGCGGAGGUGUGCUCGUGGGCGGACACGCAGCGCUUCCGCUACCGGUGGUCGAGCCCCCUGCAUUUUGCCGACACCCCAGAAGACUGCAAGUUCAGCUACGCCAGGGACUGCCACGACACCAAGGGGAACAAGAACGUGUGCGUGGUCGGGGCCAUCAACAACUACACCGCUGCGCUGCAGGACUCGUCAAGCCCGUAUAAUCGGACGGAGAGCCUGAUGUUCCUAGCACACUUCGUCGGCGACGUGCACCAGCCGCUCCACUGCGGCCACGUGGAAGACCUCGGCGGCAACACCAUCCUCGUCCGCUGGUACAGGAGGAAGAGCAACCUGCACCACGUGUGGGACGUGGACGUCAUCGAGCAGGCCAUGAAGGACUUCUACGGCAAAGACCAGGACGCCAUGGUCAAGGCCAUCCAGCGCAACAUCACCGAGGACUGGUCCAGAGAGGAGAAGCAGUGGGAGGCGUGCCGCAGCAAAACCAAGACCUGCGCUGACAAGUACGCUCAGGAGAGUGCGGUGCUCGCCUGCGACGCGUACAAGGGCGUCAAGCAGGACUCCACCUUAGGAGAUGACUACUACUCCGCGGCGCUGCCGGUUGUUGAGAAGAGGAUCGCUCAGGGCGGCGUCAGGCUGGCGGCGAUCCUCAACCGGAUCUUCAGCGGGAACGGCGAGCUGCAGAGCAUCUGAUCGAUGCAAUUUCGUCGAAAUUAAGGGGGGGAGAAUACAUCCUGCACUGUCUGACCAUGUUAUAGCUUCACCAAAAUCACGAAUUCGCAAUUAUAUUUGGUAUAUAUCCAUCCACCAAAGCGCCUUCGAGUCGCUGCUGCAGCAAAUCAUUGUAUCCGUAUGAACAGACGUAUAUGGUGGUGUACUGAUUAACACCA